GGGAGGAAGAGAGUUUCUCAAUUCAGAGCAAGCAACCAGGCCAGCAAAAGCCUAGCAACUUCAGUUCCAGGCAAAGAAGCAUGGGCAACAGCCUGCGGUGCUGCCUGGCCUGCGUCCUCCCCUGCGGCUCCUUCGACGUGAUCAGGAUCGUCCACCUCAGCGGCCACAUCGAGGAGUACACCCGCCCGGUCACCGCCGGCGAGGUCGUGGCCGCGCACCCCAACCACGUCCUGAGCAGGCCGUGCUCCCAGGGCGGCGCGCGGCGGAUCCUGAUCGUCGCCCCGGACUCGGAGCUGAAGCGGGGGUGCUUUUAUUUCCUCGUGCCGGCCUCGUCGGUGCCGGAGAAUAAGAGGAAACCACUGCAGCCGCAGCGGAAGAAGGCGCGGCCCAUGAAGACUGCGCCGAGCACUGCCAGUGCUAACGCGACAAAAGACAACGGUGACAGGUACCUGGCGGAGGUGUUGUCGGAGGGCAAUGCCAGCCUGAAGCGCCGCCGGAGCGUCCGUGCGACGGUGUGGCGGCCACACCUUCACAGCAUCAUCGAAGAGGCUAAUGACUCAUGAGUGGGAUCUUGUUCUCUUCAUGGCAUCUGCCUAUGAGGCUGCUUACUCCCUCUCUUUUCUUGUGUACAUACGGAUGCAGCAGCCAUGGUGGCUGUGCAUGGUAUACCAUUUGCACGUUUGAUCCCUGAGUUUUAGGUGAGAGGCGAUCCCCUUUUUGCCUCUCCGAUUUGCUCCUUCUGCUUAGUUUUUCGCUCUCACCACUGCCGGAUCAAGCGGUCUUGAAACCGGUGAGAGUUACCGAAUAGGAUCAGAAGGAGAAACUGGGA